AUGGUUCGUGUCAUUCAACCCAGCACACCUUCAUCGCUGACAUCGUUUGUGGGCCCGCCACCUGCGCCGACAGCGCAGAGCUCACCACCAGAGCCAAACACACCGACCACGUAUACAAUACCAGCGCCACCUGAGCGCGAAUAUAACAGCGAAGAAGCGGCCGAGGCAGCCAUUCACGACUGGACGAGGGCCCACGACUUCGACGUAUCCUGCAGUCAAGUCGGCCGUAAUGCCAACGACCAGAUUCGGUACCGGUUGUACGCGUGCGUCCACACUGGAAAACCAAAAAACACUAGGAAGGUCAAGGAUGCUGAUCGCCAGCGACUGAUGGCUACAUCGAAGCGAGACGGGUGCGACAUGCGCAUCAGUAUCAAAACCGUCGAUGCCCUCAACCCGGCUGGGAAGUGGAGGAUCGUCCACACCAGAGACGGCAGCCAAACCCACAAUCAUCCUCCUUCAUAUGAUGUCCGCGUUCAUGUUCCGCACCGUCAGCCUGAUGCUCAACGUCAAAAUGAAGUGCGUGAUUUGGUAGAGCUUCAGGCCAAGGCUGGCGUUCCUACAGCUAAGAUUUAUUCAACCCUGAUUUGGAUGCCUGGUGAAGCGGAGCCUAACUUUAUCUGGGCGCUGUCGACGCUGAAGGCAUUUAUGAUCGAGCAAUCGAUUUACAUGGCUAAGUUCGAUGAUGUAAUUAACGCCUCCAGCGAGAUUGAGUAUGAUAAGCUCUGCGCAGAACUGCAUGCACUGAGCCCAGCCAUGCAGAAGUACCUGACCAGGACGUGGUGGCCAUACCGAGCCAAGUUUGUGAGCGCGUGGACUAACAAGUACAGCCACUUUGGCUGCCACACCACGUCCCCCGUUGAAGGAACUCAUGCAAAGACGAAACAGUGGCUGGACAACUAG